CUGAUGGAAAAGAAGCAACACAAGCAAAGUCUGCCUUUAACAGAAAUCUAAAAUGAGGAACUUGAGAUGCAAAAACCUCUUUCAUUCCUCUUCUCCUGAUAGACAAAAGUUUUUUAAAGUCAUCUUUGUAAAAAGUCUUUAGAUCUACAAUGAUUUGUUACAGAAGGAAAAACAGAAAAGAGGAGAGAGCCGUAUAAAGGUCAAGGGAGAGACUGGAGCAGAUACAGCCACAAGGAAUGCCGACAGCCACCAGGAGCUGGAAGAGGAGAAAUGAAAUAAAGUCUUCACUGCGUGUGGACAAUUUAUUCAAGGAGAGGAUUCAUACAGGAAAGGAGGCAAGGGAGCCCUGCGUUUGUUGCUCUCCGUUCUGCUCCUCGCAGCCUGGAACUGGGAGUGGUCAGGUCCACUACUCGGUCGCCGAGGAGGCCAAACACGGCACCUUCGUGGGCCGCAUCGCCCAAGACUUGGGGCUGGAGCUGGCAGAGCUGGUGCCGCGCCUUUUCCGGGUGGCGUCCAAAGGCCACGGGGACCUUCUGGAGGUAAAUCUGCAGAAUGGCAUUUUGUUUGUGAAUUCUCGGAUCGACCGGGAGGAGCUGUGCAGGCGGAGCGCGGAGUGCAGCCUCCACCUGGAGGUGAUCGUGGACAGGCCGCUGCAGGUUUUCCAUGUGGUGGUGGAGGUGAAGGACAUUAAUGAUAACCCACCGGUUUUCAGAGCAAGAGAACAAAGGUUAUUUAUUCCUGAAUCUAGACUGGUGGAUUCACGUUUCCCGAUAGAGGGCGCUGCUGAUGAGGACAUUGGUACCAACGCUCUUCUAACUUACACCCUCAGCCCCAGCGAUUAUUUCUCUUUGGAUGUACAGGCAAGUGAUGAACUCAGUAAGUCACUUUCACUUGAAUUGAGGAAAUCUUUGGAUAGAGAAGAAACACCAGAACUUCAUUUAUUAUUGACAGCCACUGAUGGGGGCAAACCAGAGCUGGAAGGUACAGUUCAGCUGCUGAUCACAGUGCUGGACGUUAAUGAUAAUGCCCCAUUGUUUGCCCAGGCUGUGUACAGAGUCCAUUUAUUAGAAAGUACAGCAAAUGGAACAUUAGUGACUACAUUAAACGCCUCUGAUGCCGAUGAAGGUGUAAAUGGAGAAAUUGUUUUUUCCUUUGGCAGUGAUGUUCCUCUAAACAUUCAAAAAAACUUCAAAAUUGAUUCCAACUCAGGAGAAAUUAGGCUAAUUGGUAGACUGGAUUAUGAAGAAACAAAAUCCUAUGAAAUUCAGGUAAAAGCAGUUGAUAAAGGAAAUCCUCCAAUGUCGAAUCACUGCAAGGUUUUAGUGAAAGUGCUGGAUGUAAAUGACAAUGCUCCACAACUGGCAAUCACACCUCUGUCUUUGCCGGUCAGAGAGGACACUCCACUUGGCACCGUCAUCGCCUUUGUCUCCGUGUCCGACCGUGACUCCGGUGUCUAUGGGCAGGUGACCUGCUCUCUGAUGCCUCAUAUCCCCUUCAAGCUGGUGUCCACCUUCAAGAAUUACUAUUCGCUGGUGCUGGACAGCGCCCUGGACCGAGAGAGCGUGGCGAACUAUGAGCUGGUGGUGACAGCACGAGACGGGGGAUCGCCUUCGCUGUCCACCACAGCUAGCAUGUACGUUGAGGUGGCGGACGUGAACGACAACGCGCCGGCAUUCGCGCAGCCCGAGUACACGGUGUUCGUGAAGGAGAACAACCCGCCCGGCUGCCACAUCUUCACGGUGUCUGCGCGGGACGCCGACGCGCAGGAGAACGCGCUGGUGUCCUACUCGCUGGUGGAGCGGCGCGUGGGCGAGCGUGCGCUGUCGAGCUACGUGUCGGUGCACGCGGAGAGCGGCAAGGUGUACGCGCUGCAGCCGCUGGACCACGAGGAGCUGGAGCUGCUGCAGUUCCAAGUGAGCGCGCGCGACGCGGGCGUGCCUCCCCUGGGCAGCAACGUGACGCUGCAGGUGUUCGUGCUGGACGAGAACGACAACGCGCCCGCGCUGCUGCCGCGGCCGGGGACGGGCGGCGGCGGCGGCGGCGGCGGCGCUGUGAGCGAGCUGGUGUCGCGGUCGGUGGGCGCGGGCCACGUGGUGGCGAAGGUGCGCGCGGUGGACGCCGACUCUGGCUACAACGCGUGGCUGUCGUAUGAGCUGCAGCCGGCGGCGGGUGGAGCGCGCAGCCCGUUCCGCGUGGCGCUGUACACGGGCGAGAUCAGCACGACGCGCACCCUGGACGAGGCGGACUCGCCGCGCCAGCGCCUGCUGGUGCUGGUGAAGGACCACGGCGAGCCGGCGCUCACGGCCACCGCCACUGUGUUGCUGUCGCUGGUGGAGAGCGGCCAGGCGCCCAAGGCGUCGUCGCGGGUGCUGGCGGGCGCCGCUGGCGCCGAGACGGCGCUGGUGGAUGUCAACGUGUACCUGAUCAUCGCCAUCUGCGCGGUGUCCAGCCUGUUGGUGCUCACGCUGCUGCUGUACACGGCGCUGCGCUGCUCGGCUCCGCCCGCGGAGGGCGCGUGCGCGCCUGGGAAGCCCACGCUGGUGUGCUCCAGCGCGGUGGGGAGCUGGUCGUACUCGCAGCAGAGGCGGCAGAGGGUGUGCUCCGGGGAGGGCCCGCCCAAGACUGACCUCAUGGCCUUCAGCCCCAGCCUACCUCAAGUUCCAGACUCCGCAGAAGAAAGACAACAACCCUCAGAAUCAGAACACUUAGGAAAGUUUGGAUCGAGGCCAGAACGUCACAAUAUUUGGAAAAGGCUUGCAAGGGUGUUUUCACGGAGAGAAGAAGGUCCAGGAGCCCGGCGAUUACUGCUUUCGCUUCUGCUCCUCACAGUCUGGGAGACUGGGAGCGGCCAGGUUCAUUACUCAGUCCUGGAGGAGGCCAAACACGGCACCUUCGUGGGCCGCAUCGCCCAGGAUUUGGGGCUGGAGCUGGCGGAGCUGGUGCCACGCCUGUUCCGGGUGGCGUCCAAAGGCCACGGGGACCUUCUAGAGGUAAAUCUGCAGAAUGGCAUUUUGUUUGUGAAUUCUCGGAUUGACCGGGAGGAGCUGUGCGGGCGGAGCGCGGAGUGCAGCAUCCACCUGGAGGUGAUCGUGGACAGGCCGCUGCAGGUUUUCCAUGUGGAGGUGGAGGUGAAAGACAUUAACGACAACCAGCCGGUUUUCCCGGUGGCAUUAAAAAAAUUAUUUAUUUAUGAAUCCCGGCCGCCUGGUUCUCGGAUUCCGCUAGAGGGCGCGUCAGAUGCAGAUAUUGGAGCCAAUUCUCUGUUGACCUACAGUCUUAACUCUAACGAUUAUUUUACCUUGGAUAUUAAAAGAAAUGAUGAUAAUAUUAAAUCCCUUGGACUCGUGUUGAGAAAAGUUUUAGAUCGCGAGGACAUUCCUGAACAUCACUUACUAGUAACGGCAGUUGAUGGUGGGAAACCAGAGCUCACCGGAACUACUCAAGUGAAGAUCACCCUUCUAGAUGUAAACGACAACGCCCCAGAGUUUGAGAGGACUGUCUACAGAGUCAGUUUAUUCGAAAAUGCACCAAACGGUACCCUAGCAGUGAUUGUUAACGCCUCUGAUUUGGAUGAAGGAGUAAAUAAGGACAUUGUAUAUUCUUUCAAUACAGACAUGUCAGCAGAUACUCUUUUGAAAUUUCACUUAGACCCAGUUAGUGGAUACAUCAGUAUAAAAGGUAAUAUAGAUUUCGAGGAAACUAAGUUAUAUGAAAUCCAGGUAGACGCGACAGAUAAAGGAACUCCCCCAAUGACAGGUCACUGCACGGUUCUGGUGGAAAUUUUGGACACCAAUGAUAAUGUACCUGACUUGGUUAUCAAAUCACUAUCAUUACCUGUAUUAGAAGAUGCUCCCCUCGGCACGGUCAUUGCCCUAAUCAGUGUGUCUGACCGCGACUCUGGUGCCAAUGGGCAGUUGACCUGCACCCUGUCACCCCACGUUCCUUUCAAGCUGGUGUCCACCUUCAAAAACUACUAUUCGCUGGUGCUGGACAGCGCCCUGGACCGAGAGAGCGUGGCGAACUAUGAGCUGGUGGUGACAGCACGAGACGGGGGAUCGCCUUCGCUGUCCACCACAGCUAGCAUGUACGUUGAGGUGGCGGACGUGAACGACAACGCGCCGGCAUUCGCGCAGCCCGAGUACACGGUGUUCGUGAAGGAGAACAACCCGCCCGGCUGCCACAUCUUCACGGUGUCUGCGCGGGACGCCGACGCGCAGGAGAACGCGCUGGUGUCCUACUCGCUGGUGGAGCGGCGCGUGGGCGAGCGUGCGCUGUCGAGCUACGUGUCGGUGCACGCGGAGAGCGGCAAGGUGUACGCGCUGCAGCCGCUGGACCACGAGGAGCUGGAGCUGCUGCAGUUCCAAGUGAGCGCGCGCGACGCGGGCGUGCCUCCCCUGGGCAGCAACGUGACGCUGCAGGUGUUCGUGCUGGACGAGAACGACAACGCGCCCGCGCUGCUGCCGCGGCCGGGGACGGGCGGCGGCGGCGGCGGCGGCGGCGCUGUGAGCGAGCUGGUGUCGCGGUCGGUGGGCGCGGGCCACGUGGUGGCGAAGGUGCGCGCGGUGGACGCCGACUCUGGCUACAACGCGUGGCUGUCGUAUGAGCUGCAGCCGGCGGCGGGUGGCGCGCGCAGCCCGUUCCGCGUGGCGCUGUACACGGGCGAGAUCAGCACGACGCGCACCCUGGACGAGGCGGACUCGCCGCGCCAGCGCCUGCUGGUGCUGGUGAAGGACCACGGCGAGCCGGCGCUCACGGCCACCGCCACUGUGUUGCUGUCGCUGGUGGAGAGCGGCCAGGCGCCCAAGGCGUCGUCGCGGGUGCUGGCGGGCGCCGCUGGCGCCGAGACGGCGCUGGUGGAUGUCAACGUGUACCUGAUCAUCGCCAUCUGCGCGGUGUCCAGCCUGUUGGUGCUCACGCUGCUGCUGUACACGGCGCUGCGCUGCUCGGCUCCGCCCGCGGAGGGCGCGUGCGCGCCUGGGAAGCCCACGCUGGUGUGCUCCAGCGCGGUGGGGAGCUGGUCGUACUCGCAGCAGAGGCGGCAGAGGGUGUGCUCCGGGGAGGGCCCGCCCAAGACCGACCUCAUGGCCUUCAGUCCCAGCCUUCCACCUGGUCCCGUUGGCGGGGAUAAAGAGCAGUUGAAUGUGGACGUUGAUCUUUCUGCUAAACCGCGACAGCCCAACCCUGACUGGCGUUACUCUGCCUCCCUCCGAGCAGGAAUGCACAGCUCUGUGCACCUAGAGGAGGCUGGCAUUCUACGGGCUGGUCCAGGAGGGCCUGAUCAGCAGUGGCCAACAGUAUCCAGUGCGACACCAGAACCGGAGGCCGGAGAGGUGUCCCCUCCAGUCGGUGCUGGUGUCAACAGCAACAGUUGGACCUUUAAAUACGGACCAGGCAACCCCAAACAAUCUGGUCCCGAACCUAAAAAGCAGACCCAAGUUUCCUUUCUCCUCCGCCGAAAAGGAGAGGCUUCCCAGUCCCGCCAGUGAGAGGUUGGACUCUCUGCCCUGUGUUCCGGGGAUGCUGUCUUGAUGACACUUGCAGGGCAGGCUCACAGGCUUUGAGAUUGAGCAGCUUGGGUGUCGGUGGCCACUGGCUUUGUGUGGUCACGGGCGGUGCACGAGUGCCGGACAUCGGCGGGGAGGGGCCAGAUGAGACUAGUUGGCACGAGGAGGGCUGCUGGGAAGAAAGGCAAAGGAACAGCGGGGUUGCCAAUCCAGGGGGGGGGAAUGCGAAACGAAAAGGGACCAGGCUGUCUAAAUCUUACAACUCAAGAGGCAGUGGCCACCCUCCCGCAGACAAAACUGCCCCCACUGACGAGGCUCUAGGAGGCCUCGAAUCUGUCGGCUGUGGUGUCAUGAUCCCUAAAACCCGCAUUACACCGACAGGCCAACAGCUCAGUGAUGAACGGGGCCGACCAGGGCAACAGAAGCAGAUCUGAGGAGUUUGCUGUGGAUGUCCUUGUGCUCACUUUAUUACAAAUUCUUUUGCACACAAUGUUUAUGAAAAGGCCAGACCCUUUUCCAACACAUAUGCAAAAGCAAACGCAAAAGAAAACCCCAACACCUCACUUUAUGCUGUUUGUUGUUUGAUAGAUUUAUUUA